CGGUUACAAGCCUAACCUUCAUGUUUCCGGUUCUGCACGUUACUUAACUGUGAGAAUAUCAGUAGGAAUAAGGAAAAGAAUCAUAAGCCUGUUUGUAAAGAAAUUUAGUUAUCAAAUUUAAGCCAAACCCACUAAAAAUGGGUAAACCAAGACAAACACUGAAUAAAGCUAACCAUAGCAUGAAUCCAGGUAAUUAUUAAAUGAUUUGAUUAAAAUAAUAAUCAAGUCUUUAGGCAAAGACAAAAGUUUUGAUUUGUGAAUGUGAUAAGAUGAUGAUAAUGUUAAAUAUUGGCAUUAUUAUUAUUGUUGGUAAUUCAAUUGUUGGGAAAUUAAUUAGUAAUGAAACAUACUUUUACUGCAAUAGAGAAUUAAACACCAGAAUAUAAAGCAAAAUGGUACCGUCCAAUUAUAUAAAAUCAAAAACACUGCCUCUCAUUUAACUCUGCACAAUUCAGAGUCAACAUACUAAAAAGUGAAAAGGGCUUAAAUUAGGCUUAGUAGGGUGUCAUCUAAAUACUAAAUAAUUAAGUCCCUCCUAUCGAAUCAGAGUUAGAGAUGACCUGACCACUUAUUCAGUAACUUACUGUAUUCCCCGCCAGCAUUUUUUACUGUGUAGCCCGCCAUCGUCAGCUAUAUACAAGUGACAAGGCAAAUGUAUGAUUUAGUUUGAUGUAUGAUGACUAUGACUAUGAAAUGAUGUUUUAAAAUAUUAAACCAGCUAUAGUCAGAAAGUUGAAAAACUCUAUUUCUUUUUGCUGAAAUGAAAUACUCUGAGAAACAUGCGAGCUAUGAAUCAUUGAAAUCAUGGCAUUCUGAUACUUAUCUGACUAGAAAGUUUGGUUCAGAGGUCAAAUGUUUCAAACAGUAAUAAUGAAAGCGAUAGUAAUUCAAAAGAAAGUAAUGUUGAAAAUGGAUUAGGAGAAACACCUGAUCAAAGUGUUAAUAAUACUAAUACUGAUAUUGAAAAUGAGAGCCCCGACGAUGUCUCGGUAGGUGACAAUAGUGAUAGUGAAGCUACUUUUACUCUCAAUCCAGUGGAAAUUGACAUAUUACAUCAGGAUUUAGGCCUAAUGUUGACAAUUUAAAUAUUGAUUUAUGGUCGUAGCCAGUGGAGUUUUUUAAAACUAUUUUUUUACUUGAAAUGAAUGAUUGUUGACCAGACCAAUUUGUAUGGCGCAGACAGAAAUACAGUUUCACUCCUUUCACUGUCAAUGACAUUCAGAUAUUUAUAUACAUAAACAAUGAACUGGUCAACAGAUCUUUUACUAAAAGUUCCAAUUGUAGCUGAUGUCACAGUCAUGUCCAGAAACAGGUUGCACAAAAUUUCGAGAUACUUCCAUCUGGCAGAUACAGGUAUUACAUUUCGAUGGGCCAAGCUGGGAUAUGAUCCACUUGAUAAAAUAAGACCAGUGGUCACAGUUGUCAACGCUGCCUGUAAUUCUCUCUACAGACUUGGAGCUUCUAUGGCUUUUGAUGAAGCUAUGAUUCCUUACAGAGGUCGCCUAUCGUCAAACAGUAUUUAAAAGGAAAGCCCCACCCAUGAGGGUGUCAAAGAAGAAAAAGCCACACAUGUUGGAGAUGCUGUCUAUGGUUUUUAGUUGACACGGCAGUGUAGAAUGCAUUGAUUUUAUUUUGAAAAUAUGCCACGCCCCCGACAUCAAUGCCAGUGUCCCAUUUUAAUUUUCAUUUGGACGUUUCCUUAUGAAAGACUCUACAAGAAAAAGAAGACAAAUGGAGGUCCUUGCUGCUGGUGGUUUGGCUGUUCCUGAACCCAGGACAUAAAAAAAAAUGUUUCCAGUGUCAGCAGAAAAACAUUUGUUUCGAGUCAAAUAUAAAACCAGAAACUGUGUUUGGAUGUGUGUUGCGUAACACACACCUUUAUGAUGAGCUCUGUUUUGCCCAGUUCCAUGCAAAACUAAACCGAGGAACUGACUUACCAAUAAAAGUAAAGAAAUUAUCCUGUAAAAUAUUUUGUUAGUGCUUAUUUUUCAAAAUUAAAAUUUUUUUGUAACUUUUUAAUACAUCCAUACAUAUUUGGUAUCAAAUGAUAGAUAAUUCAUUUCUCUACAUGACAGGCAGCAGUGAAAUCUCCCCACAUUUUUUUUCCUUUUUUGGAAUGAGUUUCUCCAAUUUUAUUCCUCAAUAGUUGGACAAGUUUGUAUCUAAAUGUCUCCUGGACGUAGGAAUGUAAUGUAUUUCGAAAAUAACUAAGGAUUAUUCGACUUAUUCUGUGUUUUUCCAUUCUUAAUUUAUAUAAACAUAGACAGUCAAGGCUAUCGACAUAUUACUUCCGGUUCUCGAUUCGCUUGCUAGAUAGUGGUGAAAUCUCUUCACAACUACGCAUUUUUGGAAGUUUUCUCACGAAUUUUAUUUCCGGAUAAUUUAAUUUCUAAAUAACACUAUGUGGAAUGGGAAUGCUGUGUGGCGACAUUUCAGGCCACAAAAGUGUUUGUCUGUUUCGAGUUGUUUUUAUUAACUUGAAAGAAAUCCCUGCCUUCACUAUUCAUCCACCAGACUGCGUCAGCUAUGUAACCUUUUAACUGAUAGCUAUCUCCUUAGUGGUGAAAUUCUUACACGAUGUUGAACACUUCAUUUAAUAAAAAAAGAAAACUGCAAGAGGUUUUUGCGGGGGAAAAAGGAAGAUGAGAUCUCGUCACUCAGCUCCUACAAAGAUAGUGCGUCAAAAGAUUGGUGAUGCUACCAUUGGACUCAUUACCAUUGGGCGUCCACUGAAAUACAUGAGCUCAUAUGGGCCUGCUUUAACAUUGCACAGGGAUGCCAUUCGUGAUGCCUCUACGCCUGGAUAAACGCUAUAGACAGCGGCCUUCAAAGCCGACAUUGAGACAAUACUUCAAGGGAUAGGUGCUGAGCUCAGCACUCAGCAUCUGGAUAAUGGCCUCCGCGUACUCUUGGGCGAGCAUGCCCCUCCCAUGGCGCGACAUGUCCCGACUGGUCGCUCGUCGCCAUGGUAUGCGGGCGUUAGCGACCAACUUCAUCUUGCAAAACUCGAGCGGAGAUGUGCUGAAAGACGCUGGCUAAAGACCGGAAUGAGUGUCGACAGACAGAUCUUUUGGACAGCCAAGGAGGCGGUGGCAGGAGCUCAAAGAUUGAAUCAUAUGUAUCAACCAAGGCGCUGUUCAGCGCUAGCUAGCAACCGUCUUCUUGGCAACAGCAAUAAUUCCACCCUUUCUUCCGACAUUGCACCAGAGCAACUCCCUGGCGCCUUUGCAGACUUUUUCAUCACCAGGGAGCAAACGAUCAGGGAGGAGCUAGACAGUGUGACCCCUACACCUUCCUCACCGUUCUCGGAGGACGUUAGUCAGACAGAAUCAUUUGAUAGAUUCCUGCCUGUGACUGAGGGUGAGGUGAAGCGAGUCAUCAUCAGGUCUGCUCCCAAGUCUUGUGCCCUCGAUCCGAUCCCCGUCCCACUGCUGGUAGAAUGCUUGGACGUACUCCUCCCAGCACUCACCUCCAUCAUAACUUCUUCUAUUCUCUCUGGCAUCUUCCCUCCCAUUUUUAAAUGGUCAAUAGUCCUGCUACUCCUAAAGAAACCUUCACUUGACCCAAACACACUCAAGAAUUACAGCCCCGUCAGUAACCUCUCCUUUCUAUCAAAAAUCAUAGAAAAACUUGUACUCUCUCAGCUCUCUGACUAUCUUCACUCUCGCAAUCUCUAUCCUUCCUCUCAGUCCGCCUACCGGCCUGGUCAUAGCACAGAAACAGCACUGGUCCGAGUCAUGAGCAACCUCCUGUGCGCGAUGGAUGGUGGCAAACUCUCUAUUCUCACUCUGUUAGAUCUCUCUGCUGCAUUUGAUACCAUUGACCACCAGAUUCUUCUUGACCGUCUUCAUCUUUCUUUCGGACUUACUGGCUCAGCUCUAAACUGGUUUCAAUCUUAUCUUUCUGACAGAACUCAAACAGUCUCUAUUUCCAACCGCUCUUCCAAACCUCCAGCUCUGUCUAUUGGAUCGGUCCUUGGGCCGGUCCUUUUCAUCCUCUACACUAAACCUCUAUCAUCUCUAAUUAGACACCACUCAGUUUCCAGUCAAUACUUUGCUGAUGACACUCAAAUCAGUGAUUCUUGCUUUCCUGAUCAACUUGAUGCCAACAAUCCUUCGCAUGCAGGAGUGCGCAGACGGCGUAAAGCGUUGGAUGACUUGCAACAAACUGAAGCUAAAUGAUGAUAAUACGGAAAUCCUUCUCAUCCACUCUCAAAACAAACCUCUCCCUCCAUCCGCUCCUUCUAUAUAUAUCAGCAACUCUGACAUCACACGCUCUUCCUCUGCCAGAAAGCUUGGAGUCACGCUUACAGACACCCUCUCCAUGGACAAACAUGUCACCAACAUAUGCAGAUCAGCAUACAACGAAAUUAGAAAAAUCAACACCAUUAGACACCUCCUCUCCUUUGAUGCCACAAAAACUCUCAUCUCUUCACUCAUGCUUUCAAAAUUUGACUACUGUAACACUCUUCUCGCAGGCAUUCCUCAAUACCACAUAGACAAACUUCAGAAGGCACAGAACUCAGCAUGCAGACUCAUUUUUAAAUCAAAGAAACACAACCACAUUCAACCACACAUUCAGCAACGCCACUGGCUUCUAAUAUUUUCUCGCAUCAAGUAUAAGUCUGCCAAUCUAUUCUUCAACUCUUUCACUGACCCUCACUUUCCUGUCUAUCUCUCUGAACUAUUGCUUCCUUACAUCCCCAAAAGACAACUACGCUCUUCAACUGACAAUAGAACCCUCUCAAUCCCAAAAACCAAAACUAAGACCAUCGGUGAACACUCCUUCUACUUCCAUGCACCCACAUUCUGGAACCAGUUCCCCUUCCACAUCUGUCAUUGUGAAACCCCGUCAAAAAGUCCCUUAAAACCCAUCUGUUUAGGUCCGCCUAUGAGCUGUGAUGCACCCUCCUGGCCCUGCCUCAUUUUCUGUCUCGGGUUGAUCCUGUGUUUAAGUAUAUGCCAAAACGUGCCAAGUGUACUUGUUUUUAUAGCCAUUUAAAUGUUUUAGCUACUGUUUUUAUAGUCAUUUUUCACAUUGUAGUUACUAUUCUAGUGUCUCUGGUUUUUCAUUUUUAUUUUGCUUUAGCAGUUUAAAUAUUUUACAUAUUUUUAAUAAUUGUAAAGCGCUUAGAGUUGUAAGGUAAGCGCUAUACAAAAAUGCCUAAAUAAUAAUAAUAAUAAUAGUAUUCUUUUCACAUCAACAACCAUAGGCUCUCCAUAUAACACACAACGAUAUCCACUCAAAUAAAAUUAAAUACUGUCAAUCACAGUCAGAAAAAGAGUGAGCCAUCAUGUAUAUUUUUUUCUCAAACCACCAAUCGGACACAUCCAUAUCAUUUUAUCUAUCCAUAGUUGUAUUGAGGUUAUUUGUCGCUUCGCAAAGUGUAAGCAUAUGCCAAAUCUCAGUCCAUAUUGCUACAUCAUUAAAAUUUACAUUUGAUUAACUAUUUGAAAUCUGAUUAAUCUCUGUAAACCUGCCAUUGAGAACAAAGAGACGCCACUAACAGUAAUACAGCAAAAUGAUUCUGUCCUAUUGCACUCAUAGCUCAAAAACGACUGAAACUAGAGUAUAUUCUAGUUUUUGUAUUAUUUAUUAUUUUAUUAUUAUUGUUUUUAUCUUCUUUUGUAAAAAAUUUACUAAGAGUAGAAAGCUCAUGUGCAAAAACAUGCUAAGUUUAUUAGACAGAAGUUUAGAGGAUAAAACAAUCUAAUAGAUAAAUGUAGAAUAGAAUAUUAUUAAAAUUAAUGUGAAAAUUGAUAGUGAUGAUCUUAUAUAUAAAGAUCUAUCUGAAAAAUUUGUUAACACUCAAUACUGUUAUUUAUUUUUGAAAUUAAAUAGUUAUCUGAAUUUGUUGGCAUUUUGAUGAUGUGAUUUUAGUCGCUCCAUAUAAAAUGGCCUAUGGCAAAUUUGCCCAAACAAAAGGGCCCCCACCGUAAAGAUCACUAAAUGUGCUUUUGAAUCUAAUAAGCUUGCUAUGCAAAGUGGUCACUUGAUGUUGGAGUCCACAUGGUUAUGUGAAUGUGUGUCAACCUUUUCAUCUGUUACAAACCUCAAGAGCAGGCAUUCUUCCUAAUUUAUAUGUGAGAUUCUUUGGGAAGACUCUGGGUGUGCUUUGUGUCAGAGUUUUAAACUACUUUUUUAACAGGAUGAUUGCAAAGUUUCUCACUCAUUAUAUGACAUUAAGGAAAACAAUAUUCUUCUCCCUUAGUUUUGCUUUACUUGUGAUUAUAAAAUCACAAUAAAUAUGCUCACUCCAAUUGUAAGUCUGUGAUAGAGAUUUAAAUUAUUUUAGGAAUUGUUACCAUUGCAAUGGCUUGACGGCCACACAUGUGCUAAAAACAAAAAACUAUUGUACACCGCAGGUGUGGAUUCAAAAAUACAUUUAAAAUUUAAUUCCUUGUUACUAUAUUAACUAAUUCAAGUGUUUGGGGGGUUUUUUUUUUGCAAGAAAGUCAACGUUAGUGCAAUGUGAUCCUUAUUCAAACUUGAUAUUUUGUCUCUUUCAAUGAAUUUAGAUCGGCCGAAAACCUCAGCAGGAAUGAGAGACAGAUCAACAAUAAACCGAAUACAAAUGUACCGUAAUUUCAAGCCAAAAAGGUUGGUUUAUUUUUUUUUCCAAUGAAUCUGUUUAUUCUCUUACUAACACAAAUAUUGAAUUAAUGUACAAUAUUAUAAUAGUUAGAGGGCAUUAAUAAUUUUUUUCAGGUUUACAACUUUAAGUGACUUCUUUUUAUACAUGAAGAUAUUACAAAUAAUACUUUCAGAGAUCGAUCUGGAAGGAUUAUUAAGGCUGCUCCUUUUCAAUCUACGCUAAAAUCUGGAUCAAUGGCAAGGGUAGAGCCAAACAGAAAAUGGUUUGGUGAGUUACAUCUGCAUUUUUUAAUUUAUUUUUUUCAUUUUGCCUUCCCAUGAUGCAGUCCUUUUAUUAAUUCCUAAAUAUACCAUAAUUGGACUGUUAUAGUAUUGGAGCUUCUACAAGGACAAAGUUUACAUAAAACAUGAUGAAUUUAGUGGGUAAUUUUAAUUUUUGUUUUAAAUUUGUAAUAUGCUAUAGAUGUAUAAAAAAAAAGUUUGAACAGGACAGUUUGAACAGGACAAAGUGUAAUAAAAUAAAAGUAGAUUCACUUUAGAAAAUAUUAUAAACUACAAUUGUUUGAUAAAAAGUAUUUUUGUUUUCAUCUGCUCCCCAUGUUGUUAAAACUAUUCUGACAAAACACUUACCGUAAAAUGGGGUAACUUUGGUCCAUUUUAUGUGAAACAUUGAAUAUUCCGACAAUACCCGUAAUUGUAAUUAUGAAUUUAACAGUUGAUCUCAUGGGCUAUAGCAUUACCAUUAAGUACACAUAAUUCAAAAACGAUUAUUUCUUCAAUUUUUUUAUUAUUUUAAAAAAAUAAUUAGUGGCCAAAGUUACCCCAACAUGGGGUUACUUUGGCAGGCUAUACAAAGAAUAUACAAAAACAAAGUUUGACAAUACUAGAGUUACUUUGGCCACAAAAGAUAUUUUUAAAAUGUAAAAAUGAACACUGAAUGAUAAUUUCAUUUAGUAAACUGCUCUAAAAUGAUAAAAAAUGUGCGUUUCUUAGGUGCUGGUAGCUUGGUAGCAAUUCUUCAUCUGACUCAGGUGCUGGUAGCCAUUCUUCAUCUGAAUAAGAAAAUGAUAUGUUGCCCAUACUAUCAGAAUCACUACUUGUCUGAUGUUCAGAAAGGUUAGCAGCAAGAUCAUGAUGUGGUUGGUCUGCGAUUACAUUCUCUGUGCUGCUAGGAGAAGGAUAAUCAUGUGUGUCAGUAUCUAUAACCUCAUCCUCAGAAGGCCCAACAACACUUUUUCCAGGCUCAACAUCCAGACGACGCUAACGUCUCCGCGUUACCUCAUCCUCUUUGCCAAACCAAAUCUCUUGUAGGUGAGAUACGAAUGAAUCUGCAACUGAUGCGUUGACUGAGUCCUCAUUUUCAUCAUUGUGUGGAAUACGCUUCAGGACAGGUUCAGGGUCUUAAGUUUAUUUUGAAGAGUGCUUCUCGUGAUCCCUAACUCAGCACACACAAUCCUCUGACUAGCUCCACUUGUUAUCAUGUCACAGGCCUUCUGGAGUUGUUCGUCGUCACACGAGGCAUAUUUUCUGGUCCCAGGCUUUUUCUUGUGCGUGGCAUGGCUGGGUCUGAAGCAUAAGACAAAUAUAGGGUACAGAUUAAAAUAAAUCCAUUCUUCGACUUGAGAUUAUCGGUACUCUAAAUUAGAGCCAAAAUAUUCAAUUUAAAGGCCUAGGAAAAAAACAACAACAAAUUCCACUGAAUAAAGUACUAACCCUAACUCGUUGACAUUCUUAACUUGAAAACCAUAUAUUUCAAUAAAAUCACACAAGUAAAUCAAUGGGCUAACACAUGGCCAAAGUUACCCCAAAGUAGUGAUAUUUCUUGGGGUAAAAUUGGCCACCUGCCUAAUUUUAUUUUAUCUUGAAAAUUAUAUCUAAAUAAUAUAAUUAGCAUCUAAAGCAUCUUAUUAUGCACAAUAUUAUAUAAUUAUAUUAUACUUACACUCACUUUUGUGUUGUGAAAAAAUACAAAGUUUGCAGUUUGAAAAAAUCAACACAAAAUGGCUGCCAAAGAAGAAUGGUUGUAAUUCUGCAACUAAUGUAAUAGGACACCAGCACAUUGAUUGAAAAUAUUUUGAAAUGGUUUAAUAUUUAACACAAUUUAGUUUCAAUUGCCAGUAAUAAUUCAAAAAAUAAAUAUACAAUUUAAAAUCUAUUCUGCAACUAAUGUAAUAGGACACCAGCACAUUGAUUGAAAAUAUUUUGAAAUGGUUUAAUAUUUAACACAAUUUAGUUUCAAUUGCCAGUAAUAAUUCAAAAAAUAAAUAUACAAUUUAAAAUCUUUUUUCUCCCCCUGGCCCAAAGUUACCCCAACAGGCCAAAGUUACCCCAUUUUACGGUAGUAGUUUUAACUUAAAUAACAAAACGUAAUUAAGCAACCCCUACAAACAAAUAUUUUUGUAUAAAUCCUUUAUUUGCAGUUUUGUUUGCAUUUAAUUUAUGUAAUUGUAUGUGAUUUAUCAUUUCUAAAGAAGAAGAUAUGUAAAUGGAUAAACUUCUGGUGAAUACACGUUUCAUAUUUCCUUCAUUUUCCCCUUCAAAAAUAAAUUUUAUUUUUACUGCAUACUCAAAUAUGUCACAAAUACAAAGUUCAUAGCAACUGCUACACAAUCUCCACACCAAAAAACGCACCCAUGGAUCAAAUAACAUUUAUUCAUCUGAAGAUUUUGCCCCACACACAAACAAAAGUGAAAUUAAUAUGAAGGAUUUACAAAAAGGUCAUUUCGUUCAUUUUUUAGGUAAUACAAGAGUGGUAACUCAAAAUGCUUUACAGGCGUUUAAUGAGGCAAUGAAUAAAGUGAAGGCAGAUCCUUACAAAGUGGUGAUGAACCCAACGAAGAAUCCAGUCACACUUCUUAGCUACACUCCAAAAGCGGUACUGUGUUUUACAAAAUUAUUCUUUUGAAAUGUAAAACAUAUAUUUGUAAAUAUUUCUCUGUCAAAGUAUAGGGCUUGGUUUGACUUAAAACACAAUUUAUUUCCAGGCAACAGCACCACGACUGCUGGAUAGAGAACCAUUCGAGCAGGUCUUUGGCAAAAAAGCCACAAGAAAAAGGCCAACACUAAGCACUUAUGAUCUUGGCGUAAGAUUAUUUUUAAAACUCAAGUUUGUUUUUUUAAAUAUUUAAAUAUUUAAAUCAUUAUUUGAGAUUUAAAUGGUUCACAUAACAUUUUUUACACUAAAAUUAGUCAACUAAGUCAAUUAAUUUUUCCUGGGCUAUGUUAACCUACGUAUAUUCCAUGUAAGUAUCUGUUCGGUCUCAACAUAGGAUCGCUGACUUAAAUUAUUUAAUGUCUAUAUUAAAAGGAAAUGGUUAAGAAUGCUGAAGAUGACUUGACAAAAUGGGAAGAGAGUCAGAGUUUAGUGGUAACUCACGAAGAUGGUGUUAAAGAUGGGCAGUUGGAAAUAGUCUUUAAAGCAGGAACCUCUAAAAGAAUAUGGAAUGAGCUUUAUAAAGUGAGUUUUUUUUUUUUUCAUUUUAGUUUUCUGUGUAUAAUUAUAAAGCUGAGAGUCAUGUGAUUUUAUUUUUAUUUACUAUUGGCUGAUACAUUUUUUAAGUGAAGUAAUUUAUUUGUCUUUACUUUUUUGUUCAGGCCAUAUAUCAUAUGUUGAAUAAUCAAGCCACUUAAAAUUAUUUUGUUAAUGUGGUUCAAAAUAUCAACAACACUUUUCUUAUUUGAUUUCUUAGUUUAUACUGGAAGUGUGUAAAGUUUAUAUGUUUGAAAUUAAUAUCUAGCCCUCUGCAAGUUUGUUCUUCCUUUUCUAAAGAAGUGGAUAUGUGAAUGGUUAAACUCUGGCAAAAACAAGUUUUAUAUUUCCUUCAUUUUUCCCCUUCAAAAAUAAAUUUUAUUUUUACUACAUAUCCAAAUACUUCACAAAUACAAAACAGCAGCUACACAAUUAAUUCCCAAACCAAAAUAAGCACCCAUUGAACAAAUCAUAUUUUAUUCAUCUUCCCCUUGAAAAACACGAAAAAUUAAUUUUUGGGUGUGGGGGUAGGGCUGAAAAAUUGAUAGGAUGUGUUGUCAUCGGCAAUAAGUCUAUGUGCAAAGCUUCAGCAUGUGAAGUGGGUCAUUUAGCCUUCCGAAGAUUUUGCCACACACAUGAACAAAAGCAAAAUUAAUAUAAAGGAUUUACAAAGAGGUCAUAUUCAUCAUAUUGUGCAUUAUUUAGGUAAAACAAGAGUGGUAAAUGCUUUUCAGGCAUUAUUUUAGUUUCCUGUGUAUAAUUGGAGAGUCUUGUGAUGUGAUUAUUUACCAUUGGCUUAUACAUUUUUAAGUAAAGUGAUUUAUUAGUCUUUACUUGUUUGUAUAGGCCACAUAUGAUAUGUUGAAUAAUCAAGCCACUUAAGAUUAUUUUGUUAACGUGGUUCAAAAUAUCAACAACACUUUUUUUUAUCGGGGGUGAAUUAUUCGAUUUCUUAGUUUUUACUGAUAGUUUGUAUAGACAGUAUGCUUGAAAUUAAUAGCUAGCCCUCUGCAAAUUUGUUCUUCCUUUUCUAAAUUAAUUGAUUGCUUGUUUCUCUGUCAACUGUGUAGUCUUGUGUUUCAAAUGUUUUCUUUCAGAAUGCUGGUUUAGUCUUACUGUUCUUACUCUUUUAAUUAUGAACCAUACAAUAUUUCUAGAAUUCUAGAUGAUACUAAUGAGUGCAGCCUUAUGGUGUUCUAGUUUAGAGAUUACCAAAGUCCAAUUCUUGUCAUCUUUAUUUUCUCUGGGUAAUAAUUAUUUUAUAAUUUAUCCUAGAAAGAAAGCUGGAAAAUAUCUGACCCUGACUUUCCUUUCUCCUUUUUGUAUUUUAUUUCUAACAGUGUUAAUAUACACAUAUUACAUCUUAAAUUAAUUUGUGGAGUAAUCAAUAUGAUGUGUAACAAUGUUAUUUAUUGUUUUAAAAAAAUAUCUUUAAUCAUUUUUAUAGGCAUAUGAUUUUUUAUGCAUAUAGCCUUAAUUCUUUUGAUUUGGUUUACAGGCGUGAAAAAGAUUACACUCUUAAAUAUAGAGAAUUACUUAUUGAUUUAAACCAUAAAUUAUAUGUUGAAUAAUUAUUGUUCAAAAUAUCAACUUCUAACUUCAUGCUUCCUAAAUCAGGGUGUUCUCACAAAAGUUUGGGGCCUUGAUAUAUUUUUUUGGUAAAUUCUCAGUACAUCUCUAUCAUUGAAGUUUUAUUAUAUUAUUAUUUAUUUUUUUUACAUCAUGAAAGUGUGUUCUUAAGAAAUCAAAAAUAUUGUUAACCAUUGUUUGAGACAAUAAAUCUAGAACUGCAUUCUCCUAACAUAUAUGCAAAGCAAUAAUAUGAAAAUUAUAUUAUGCAAAUGAUUUUUUUUGAAAAUGUGAGCACUUUUUUACAUUAAUUGUACCUCAUUGGUAUUGCACCUAGACUAAUCUGUAAAGCUGUUUGAUUAAAAGAGUUGAAGAAUCAUAAAUUUAAUUUAAAACUAACGGUUGAAUGAUUUUUGUUUACUUUACUUUUUAGGUUAUUGAUUCUUCGGAUGUGUUGGUUCAGGUCUUGGAUGCACGAGACCCCAAUGGCACCCGGUGUAGACAAGUUGAGAGCUAUCUAAAAAGGGAAAAGCCACACAAGCACCUUGUAUUUGUUUUGAACAAGGCAGACCUUGUGCCCAAUUGGGCUAUUGUAAGCUCCCUUGAUUAUCUGUGUGAUAGUUUUACCAUCUAUUAACCAAAGCAAAAUUUUGUAAAUGUUUUCUGAAAUCAGAAAUCCUCCCCACCUUUUAUGUAAUAUUUAUUUAUUUAUUUAUUUAGGCAUUUUUAUAUAGCGCUUAUCAUAAAGCUCUAAGCGCUUUACAAUUAUUAAAACAUGUAAACUAAGUAAAUACAAAUGAGACACUAGGAUAGUAACUACUAUUCUAUAGAAACAAUGAAAAUGGCUAUAAAAAGAGGACACUUUGACACUUCAGGAUUAAACCGAAACAGAAAAUUAGGUAGGGCAAGGAGGGUGCAUCACAGGUCAUAGGCGGACCUAAACAGAUGAGUUUUAAGGGACUUUUUGAAAAUGGACGAGGUUUCACUAUGACGUAUAUGGAAGGGGAGCUGGUUCCAGAACGUGGGCCCAUGGAAGCAGAAGGAGCGUUCACCGAUGGUCUUAGUUUUAGUUCUUGGGAUUGAGAGGGUUCUACUGUCAAUGGAAGAACGUAGUUGUCUUGUGGGGAUGUAAGGAAGCAACAGUUCAGAGAGAUAGACAGGAAAGUGAGGGUCAGUGAACGAGUUGAAGCAAAGAUUGGAAGACUUGUAUUUGAUGCGAGAGGAUAUUGGAAGCCAGUGGAGUUGCCGCAUGUGUGGUUGAAUGUGGUCAUGUUUCUUUAAUUUAAAAAUGAGUCUGCAUGCUGAGUUCUGUGCCUUCUGAAGUUUUUCUAUGUGGUGUUGAGGAAUGCCUGAGAGAAGAAUGUUACAGUAGUCAAAUUUUGAAAGAAUGAGUGAAGAGACGAGAGUUUUUGUGGCAUCAAAGGAGAGGAGGUGUCUAAUGGUGCUGAUUUUUCUAAUUUCGUUAUAUGCUGAUCUGCAUAUAUUCGUGACAUGUUUGUCCAUGGAGAGGGUAAAUAUCCAUUGUUAAACUUUCAAAUAUUUUUCACGCUAACUAAAUGUUAAUAUGUUGAGCCCUAAAAUGUUAACCAUUGAGCCAAUUUUUUAUUAUACCGGUAAUAAGGAAAGUAGUCAUCACCUGUUGUUUCACAAAAAUUCACCCUGGCCACAUGAGGUUUUAUGCAGCUUGCUUAGCGAGUACUUUGGUACUUAAGAUUGAGGCUAAUAAAACCAAUAAUUGGAUUAUAAUGCCAGUCCUAUAACCAAUAAUCAGUUUUCCAAAUGAAAUUAUUAUCACAUCCAACAGUAAAAGUCUUAAGUUUUAAAAUUCAAAAUUAUGUAAGAAUAUAUUUAUACAUUUUUCUCAAAAUUAAUAAUCCAUAUUUAACCUUGACUAUAUUUAAUCUUUACAUUUGUAUUUGCCAGAAAAAAUGGGUGGCUAUUCUGUCAGCAGAACAUCCAACCAUGGCUUUCAGGGCUAGCAUCACUAAUUGCUUUGGAAAAGGAGAUUUGAUUUCAUUAUUGCGUCAGUUUACAAAGGUACCUAGCCACAAUCAAAAACUAAUUUGCUUUUAAACCUGAAAGCAGAAAAUUCUGUUUUAAAAAAUUUAAUAUUAAUACUAGCUUUACUCAAAAUGUUUCAAAACUAUAACUCAUUAACUAGAUGAGAUAUUAAAGUAGUCAAUAAUCUGUUAUCAGAUAUCCAAAAUAAUUUCCUUAAGUUCAUUUUUGUAUGUGAUGAAAAGCAGUUUUCUUAAACAAUCACACAAAUUUUCAUGUGCUUGUGAAAUUUUGGUUCCUACAUUUGCCUGUUCCUUCUCUUUAAAAAAAAUAUAUAUAUAUAUUUCAGUUACAUAAAGACAAAAAACAAGUCAGUGUCGGUCUAAUAGGGUACCCUAACGUCGGAAAAAGUUCAAUAAUCAAUGCUCUCAAAUCUAAAAAAGUCUGUAAUGUGGCUCCUGUCCCUGGAGAAACUAAGGUAAAUAUUAUACAUGAAUAUAACACAUAGAUUUUUAGAUUAUAACCCUGUACCGUUACAUCCUGGUUUGAACCAGGGAUCUCAAAAUCAUGGCUUUAUCUUGUGUUCUGCAAAGUGAUUGCCAUCUCUAAUUUUUUUGCAAUGAUGAUUAAAUGAAGCAGCAUUAAAUCAUCAUCACAAAGCAAUUAUUGAUUCAUUAGCUGAAAAUAAAACCAAUUUGAAAUAAUGUGAUUCAACAAAAAUUUCCCCAAUAUGUUGGAGACGUGUAUUUUGUUACAGUACAUAGAUCAAAGGCAGCGCUCAAUACUUUUAGUAACUAACAAUUCAUAGUGAAAAUUAUCUGGACAAAAAUUUGAAAGUAUCAUUUUAGUGCAGAAAGAUGUUUCUGACAGCAUAUUUAUUAGAAGUUUCUCUUCUUGUAUGCAAGUAGUCCCUAGUGCCUCUUUUAAUUGUUAACAGCUCAAUAUGAUCCUUGGGCUUGUUUCAUGGAUCCUAGUUUUUUUCUUUAAAAACAGGCUCAAAUAAAGAUAGAUAUAACCUUAAGUUCAUUGCCAUAUUUAUUCUUAAUGUAUGUAUAAGCAUAAGAUGAGUUGCUCUUUCGACAACUGCUAAAUAGUAAAAGAGAAGUUGUGAUUUUUAGAUUGUUUUUUUUUAAAAUUAAGGUCUUAAAGUUUGAGUUAUAAUUUCAUUCAUGACAUUUAGUAUGUUGCCAAUUACAUUAUGUUGGAAAAUUAAGUUAUUAUAGCAUUUUCCUUUUUUUUUAAAAAAUGAACAUAUGGUGGUAAGGGCACUUUUCUUCUAUUUGAAUGUGGUCUUGACUUGAAAAUGCUUGAGAAUCUGUGUAGAGCUUCUAAGCUUAGUAAGUCAGCGCAGUUAACUAGGUUUUAAAGGUCUCAGUUUAUAGGAAAAAUUUGACGUUUGAUGAAAUUUAAAUAAACCAAAAUUGUGUUCUAAAAGUAUGUACCCAAGAUUUUCUGGGAAGGGAAAAUUUCCCAGGAAGUAUUUUGUUUACUAAAAAUCGUUUUUAUAUGAGGUUAGUCAAAUGAUAACAAUAGUCGGUUUUUACCGCUUUGUGUCUAUAAAAACUAUUAUCAAAUGUUUAAGAAUGCUUUGAGUUCGUAAUUUAAAUAAUUUGGCAAUGUCUGUUACUAUCUGUCUGACCUUCUUUCUUGCUGUCAAAGAAUUUUUUUUUUUUUAUUAUUUUAUAAAUUACUUUUGUUCUUCUUUCUUUAUUUUAGGUUUGGCAAUAUGUGACAUUAAUGAACAACCUGUUUCUGAUUGAUUGUCCUGGUAUUGUAUAUCCAACUGGGGCCACCCCUACAGACCUUGUCCUGAAAGGAGUUGUAAGCUGAACUAUUUUCUUUGAACAUUGACAAUAUAUGGGAACUUGCUAGACUUUAGUACUUGUAUCACUUUUGCAUGUUAACCCUUUCACUUUCUUUUAAUAAUUUUUAUUUAAGGUUCGUGUUGAAAAGGUAAAAAAUAAAUAAUUUUUAUUUAAGGUUCGUGUUGAAAAGGUAAAAAAUAAAUAAUUUUUAUUUAAGGUUCGUGUUGAAAAGGUAAAAAAUAAAUAAUUUUUAUUUAAGGUUCGUGUUGAAAAGGUAAAUCAACCAGAAGACUACAUCCAUGCAGUCCUGGAGAGGGUCAAGAAAGAAUAUGUACAGAAGACAUAUGGGAUUACUGACUGGGAAACCCCAGAAGACUUUUUAGAACAAGUUGCUAAGAAAUCAGGCAGGCUUUUAAAGGUAAAACAUCUAACCUUAUAUUUUUGUGUACAUGAAUUUCUUCAAUAUUAUAGUUUUAAAGUAUUUACUCGAUUGUCUUUAUUUUAUUUCUUCUAUUGUAAAGUUUAGAUUACUUUCACAGUUAUAAAUAAUGCAUGAGCCUUUCCAGGUUGUUGUUUUUUUUGUCCAUACAUUCACAAUAUGAAAAAAGAAUAAAUGUAUAUAUGAGUUCACUGAAAAUGUGAUGUAAUAAGAUACAGUCUUUGAAUCCCUAAAUAUUUUGUUCUCACUUCUCUGUCACAACUCCUACAUAAUCCCAAAAUCUUAUCUCCUCACUUAAAAGUUUUCAUCUCUUCUUCUUUCUCAAAAUCAAUCUCUCACUCACAUGACCAAAUCAAAGAGGCUGAUUGGUCAUUCUUAUUCGUCACAAUGCACCACUCUCUGUGCCACAGUGCACGGGAAAUACAAGGUUUUAAAUAUGCUCAGCAAACUCUUAUUAGUGGUUCUCACAUUCAUAAUAAUAUCUGUGGCACUUACCCAAGUCUUUUCUUAAUAUAAGAAAAACUGAAAUUACAUUUUAUUUUGUCAGGGAGGAGAAGCAGAUUUAAGCACAGUAGCUAAGAAUAUAUUAAAUGACUAUCAGAGAGGAAAGAUACCUUACUUUGUUCGACCACCCGAAUCAGAGGUGAGUGUCAUUCUUAAUCUUAUAAUCAUAUAUAUAUGUAUAAACAAUUUAUUAAAAAAAACUAUAUAGUACAGAUAAUGGUAACACUUUGCUAAAGACUUAAUUAGAAAUUAAUGUUUUGGCUGAAAGUCUUUGCUUUAUUAGUGAACAAGAUGAACUAUAUUUAAGACAACUUUAUCAUCUUGGACUUGAUAAACACUAAUCUUUCUUUUAGUAUUUUAACAAAUCUUAUGCAGAUAAAAGAAAGAGCUAAUAAUUUGGGAAUUAUCAAUGUCCUAAUAAUUUUAUUAACUUUAAGUAUUAUUUUUUAUGGCUCUGUAAUUUAAAUACUCAUAGCAACUCAUAACAUAUUUACAGUUAGUUGAAGAUGAAGAACAAGAAGAUGACACUGUAAAUGAAGAGAUUGACAAAGCAAAAACUGAUGAGAAAGAUGCAGAUAAGGAUAUUGAAACUGAGAAAGAAAAUGUUAUUGAACAUGAAUCUAUAAGUGUUGAUGAUGAAUUAAUAACACCUGAAUUGGAAGAGGAAGUGGAAUCUGAUGAUGGUAGUUCUCAAAAGAUGGAUAUCAAAGAGUCAAAAAGUAUAAAAUCUAAAGACCAAAAGAAGGAAAAGAAAGGAUUAGCUUCUAUACAUCCAUUUUUUCAAAGAGCUAGUAGAAAAUUGGGUGAUAUCAAGAAAAAAAUGGCAAAACUUAAGCAGAACUUGAAGGAUAUACAGUCUAAGAAAAAAGAGAGAGAGUCUAAAAAGUCUAACCCGGAAACAGAACUAGAUAGCAGUGCACAAAACAAAUUAGCUGCUGAUGAAGUGAAUAUAGUAGCAUCAAGUAAGAAUGUUAUAGGUCAGCUACCUCAAUAUAUGAAGUUACCCACUGAUGACAUUUUUUCUUCUGAACUACCAAGAUCCAAAUCACUUAGUUCUAAACCAACACCAAACAAGAAAUCUACACCAAAUAAAAGUUCUGUGACACAAUCUCCAUCUCCUGUGAAAUCAUCUCGUAAAAGAAAAAUUGAUGAUGAAACAACACCCACACCAACUGCUAAAAAAGGUAGACCGUCAAUUGUUUCAACUCCAAGAGGUGCAGUGGCUGUUAGCAAUCUUGACACUUCAUCCAGCUCAGCACCAGGCUCAGGAAAGAGAACCACAGGUAUAAAAAUUAUGUGGGGGAAAAUGGUUUUUAUUUUAUAAUUUAGCUGUAGUUGCUCACCUUAACUUUUCCCCCCUUUUCUGUUAAUCUUGCCUAUAAUAUUUUUUCAUAUUCAACUAAUACAUUGAUGAUAAAAACAAUGGCCAAAACAUUUUUAUACACAUGCACAAUUUUCUUGACAUUUGACAAAACAUAUCAUUAAAAAAAACCUGAAAAAUAUUCUCUUGCAGUUGGGGAAUCCGGGGUAAAUAGACCCUCAUGUGUCUUUCUUUUAAAAAAAAAUUAUUGUAUCAUAAUGUUCUUAGUUAAAUAAUGGAGAUUUUACUAUUUGUCUAAUAGUAGACAUUUUUUUCAUAUUUGACAUAUUACAAAUUUUAUUAGUUUUAUUGGUUUUCUUAAAUAGCCACCAUUCCACGUCUAUCAUCACAUUUUAAUAAAACUAAUGAAAAUAAAGCUUGCUUUUGUAUCAGACAUUCCUGUUUAUUAAUGUGUUUUGACUCCUCUUGUUGAACAGAUUCUGCCACACCAAGCACUAAGAAAAGCACUCCUCAGGCAACCUCUUCUAGUAAGAGAAGGAAAAAUAAAAGGCUAAGAGAAGAAGAUGAGGAAGAGACACCUCAACCUAAGGGAUUAGAGGUAAAAUGAAUUUCAAUAUGCUAAAUCUGUGAUAGGUCACUACUGCAUAAACAUUUUUCCUACUAUGUUUUAUGUCAUGUUACUUCAACAUGAACUCAGUCCUCCCCAUAGAACAUAUUUCCUGGAUACUUGUAUUUCUAAAGGCAAGAGCAUAUGCUGAUGUGCAAAAUUAACAGGCACCAUCUGUUGAUACUGUGGUGUACCGUAGUGCUUUUACACACUUGCUUGUUUUUUUAUAUGAAAAAUAAUCUAUGCUUUAGCAUAUUUUUAAGUAUUGAAAUUGUUUACACAAAGAUUACCUGCGUUGACUUUUUCAUGGUCCCCAAUGGCCAAUCAUAGCACCUUUAUUAUGUGUGAUGAUUAUUGAAUCCUGCAUACUUAAAUAAAAUUAUUUUUGAAAUUAUUUUAUCAUUCAGUCCUCAUUGCUUCCAUUUUUCUUUGAUUCAACAGAAACGACGUAUUCAAAGGCAGGAAAUUCGAGAAAUGAAUAAGAAAACAGACUUUUACAAGGAAAAAGAUGUAAAAAACAGAAGACAGUCUAGGAGACAAUAGUUUUGCUCUUUAAAAGUUUUGUUCAUGUAUAUAAGGGAACUCAGUAACGGGAGUUUCAGUGAUAAUAAAGUGUGUAUAUAUUAA